GAUCAGCUGGCCAGAGGAGCGGCUUGUGAGCAGAGUCAAAACAAGAGGAAACAGCAGCACAAAGACAGAGAGGAGGAACACACAGGAGGGGGGCUUAUUAUUGACUGUAACGCUGAGGAGGAACAAAGAUAUCUCACGCUGGCUCCUAUUACUGAACAGAAACAGGAAUUAUAUUUCAUUUAUGACACAUGCUGCACAAACCUCCAGGACACCAGAGAGGAGCAGGACUGGUCCUAAAGGUAGAAGAGCCUCACGUCUCCGUGUCUUUUGCACAUGAACGGGCAUUCAACUCAUUGUCCUUCGCAGAGACUCCUUCAUGAAACCACGUGCUGCUGAUCUGCUCCUUAUUAAAGAUGACGGGAGAUAAACACAGUUAACUGAGGGGAAAAUUUUCAUCUUCAGACCCGUAUUGAGGCAAAAAAGGUUACUUUUGGGACUCUAACACCAACCUAAUAAACUGUUAAGUCGAAGUUCAACAAUGGCGUCCUACAGUCCAGCUCCCACAUCGGAAGGGACCAAUGGAGGCCCAACAUCUAUGAAAUCUGAAAGCUCCCAGGAGUCCAUGAAGCUGAAGAAGGAGAUCUCGCUCCUAAAUGGGGUCUGCCUCAUCGUGGGGAACAUGAUCGGCUCAGGGAUCUUUGUCUCGCCAAAGGGCGUCCUCAUCCACAGUGCCUCCUACGGUCUCUCUCUGGUGGUGUGGACCGUCGGAGGAAUCUUCUCUGUCUUCGGGGCUCUGUGCUACGCUGAGCUGGGGACCACCAUCACCAAAUCUGGGGCCUCCUACGCCUACAUCCUGGAGGCCUUCGGCGGGUUCCUGGCCUUCAUCCGUCUGUGGAUGUCCCUGCUGAUCAUCGAGCCGACCAGCCAGGCUGUGAUCGCCAUCACGUUCUCCAACUACAUGGUGCAGCCCAUUUUCCCCACCUGUAUAGCUCCCUACGUGGCCAACAGGCUCCUGGCAGCAGCUUGUAUAUGUUUGCUGACCUUUGUGAACUGCGCCUACGUGAAGUGGGGAACCAGGGUGCAGGACUUCUUCACCUACGCUAAAGUGAUCGCCCUCAUCGCUGUCAUCAUCACUGGUCUGAUGAAGAUCGGACAAGGUUACACCCAGAACUUUGAGGGCCUGUUUGACGGCUCCACUCAGGACCCAGGACAUAUUGCUCUGGCUCUAUACUCUGCUCUGUUCUCCUACUCCGGAUGGGACACGCUCAACUUCGUCACAGAGGAGAUCAAAAACCCAGAGAGGAAUCUGCCCCUGGCCAUCGCUAUCUCCAUGCCCAUAGUGACAGUGAUCUACAUCCUGACCAACGUGGCUUACUACACCGUCCUCCCCAUCAACGCUAUCUUAGACAGCGAUGCUGUCGCUGUGACUUUUGCAGAUAAGGUGUUUGGUGUGAUGAACUGGACCAUUCCCUUAGCAGUGGCUCUAUCCUGCUUCGGCGGUCUGAACGCCUCCAUCGUGGCGGCCUCCAGGUUGUUCUUCGUGGGCUCCAGAGAGGGUCACCUGCCUGACUUCCUGUGCAUGAUCCAUGUCCACCGCUACACUCCCAUUCCUGCCCUCCUCUUCAACGGCUUUAUGGCUCUUAUAUACCUGUGCGUGGAGGACGUCUUCAGGCUGAUCAACUAUUACAGCUUCAGCUACUGGUUCUUCGUUGGCUUGUCAAUUUUAGGGCAGCUUUAUCUUCGCUGGAAGCAGCCUGAUAGAGAGAGACCACUAAAGCUCAGUCUGGUUUACCCCAUCAUUUUCUGCCUCCUCACCAUCUUCCUGGUGGUGGUGCCCCUCUACAGCGACACUAUCAACUCCCUGAUCGGGAUUGGCAUCGCCCUGUCAGGAGUCCCUGUUUACUUCCUCUGCUGCUACACUCCAGCCAGCAAGAGACCGCUGUGGCUGCGCAGAUAUAUCGCUAAGUGUGGUAUCCUGAUUCAGAAAGUGUGCUACUCAGUUCUGACUGAGAUGGACGACAACAAAUCAGAGUAGAGACGGUUGCUUUUCGCAGUUGACAGAGACUGAAGACAAAGAGUCUGAACUCCAGCCCACCAGCUGCUGCUACUAAAAUGGCCCCCAGAGGACAAACAUCUGGGCCCCGAGCUGGACGCAGCUCUCCGACUCGUCAAUCAUCUCCAAGUGACUGGGAAUGAAUUCCUCAUGGUGGCAGGUGCAGUUUCAGGGAGAACAUUAACACAUAAAAUGCACUCCAGAAGAAGCCUUCAUGCACCCGGGCAUCUCAGUCAAGAAACAUUUAAUUAUAAGUAUUUUGUGUGAAAUUAUCGACACGUUUUACUUUAAGGCUACACAUCAUUGAUGAAUUUAAGUGGGCAUUUAAAAAAAAAACUGAAAGCACCGCGGACCGUACAACCAGCCUUAAUGUUAUUUGCACACAGAAGGAAGAGCAAUAAAAUAAAGUGUGUAACUUGACGUUCACAUGUUUAUGACGUUUAGAAAAUGUUUUAUAUUGUUAGCUGUGAGGUCUGCUGAAGUAAAGGGCUAUUUUUACACAAACACUGUAGAGUCUGACUUAAACGCUGACUGUUGAUCAUGUUCAGCUGCAAAGAUUUAUUUAUAAUAAAACAACUUCACAACUUUAAA